AUGCCAGGAACCAUCCUGGUUUCAGUUCUUGAAUUCAUGGAUCUUCCAUUUUCUUCAUCAACACCAAUAAGAGCUUCUAUGGGGAAAAUUGAGUACCAAAUCAGUGACAAAGGAAACUUUUCCUUUCCCAUAGCUAGUCUCCGUGACGAUUUGGUUUUUAAAAUUCAUGAUUCCGAAGGGAAUGAACUAUCGCGUGCAGGAGUAUAUAUCAGAAUGAUAUUAGAGAAAGGUGUUUGGGAAGACACGUUUCCGCUCGGGGAAGGAUACUUGCAUUUGAAACUACAGGUUGUACUAAGCAAUGAAGAGCGCGACAGAAUUCGAAUGAUGAGACAAUCGGCAUCAAAGAAAAAACAGGAUGGGCUUCUUAAUAGUAGUCAAAGAGGUGCAGAAAGUGAAAGAAAUAUGAUUAUUGGUAAUGCGGUGUUACCUUUCCGCGCUAGUGAUGAGGUCUCAGUUAUGAAUUUGGUCCUACAUACAUUCCCUCAAAGGCUUUUUCCUGAUGUUUUAAGUGCUCCAUCUUCUCAAGAAUCAUCACCAAAGCAAUACCUUCAACAUGAAGAAGUUUCUCAAUUACGAAGUCCUGUUCAUUCCUCCGAUGACAAAGAAAGUUCCACUACGAAUGCUGCUGAGGCUGAGCUUGAACAGAAACAGCUAAACUCAAACAUUGCAGAUCAAUAUAAGAAGACCUCAUCAAUAAAACCUGUGUCGCAAGAAGUUAAUCUCAUCCAAUUACAGCAUGGAGUUAAGAAGCCUGCCAAUCAGUCAGCAUCCGAGAAUCAGCCUCGGAGAGCUACUGGUUCAGAAGAAAUGGUGAUUUUUUUAAGCUCUGAAAAAGUUAAUUCCUCAACAAAUAAUCCAAUACAAGAUAAUCUAGAGAAUGACAAUCUUCCAAACUCGGAGAAGAAGGCUCACCUAGGAAGAUCUCCUAGCAAUGUUAAGAAAAUGAUAAGUGCUUUUGAAAGUGGUCUACCUAAGGAUAUGAGGCCUAAUAUUAAACCACCUCCAACGAAAUAUCAAGUGAGUCCAAUUGAAAAGAAAGAUUCUUCUGAUACUCGGCAUUUCGAGCAAGAUAAGUCAUUGAACAUAGAGCCGAUAGGCUUCUUAAAAGAAAAGUUGAAAAGUGCUUCUUUGGUAAAAGACUUAAAAGAACUUCCAGAAAAUAUUGAAGAAAGUAAAGAGCAAAUUCAUAUACCGAAAAGACGAAUAGGUUCAAAUGCAAGAAAUGAAGAUAAAGACGAAGAGACAAAUAAAAAUGCAGCACAUAUUGAAACUGUAACUGAUGGAAGCAAAUAUGAAAAGAUACAUGACAUAGCAAAAUCAAAAACCCAUACUUCUGAUGAUGAUAAUGGAGAUGAAAAUUCUGGAGGACCAUUUAAUCAGGUAAUAAAAGUUGCAAUCAUCAUAGGCUUUGGAUUUCUUGUUCUCUUUACCAGACAAAGAAAUAAGAGGAAGGAGAAGCGUGCUUGA